AAAGAGCGGUCCUAGUGCCCUCCACGUAUCCUAACCGCCAUUGAACAAAUAAAAAAAAGACGAACGACGAAGCCAAGUUGGAAGUGGUCCAUUGAAAGGUCUAUAGUGCGACCUCCAUUACUGUAGAAUGUAGUAUGGACCAUAGGACAGGACGGAGAAGUCCCGUUAAGAAGCUGUGGAGGCCUAAGAUGCUCUACUAGUCUGCUGGAAAUCCAAAGAAGACGAAGGAGUAAAAAGCAAAAUGGCGUUUGACAGAGAAGGCCUAAACGUGGCCACUGGCCAUUAUUGUUUCUCUAUUUGUAUUUAGUGCAUACAUGUACGCAUAUAUGUCGUGUAGUAGAUGGAACAUUUUUGUCAUUGUUUGUAUCCGGAUACAUUAGUCUGAGCGCACUUUAUCGCGUCUUGUGCUAGUUUGCUUAGCUUGUUAGCUGCUAACAAAGAGACGCGGACGUUAUCAACACAUCGCUAAGUAGAGAUCAAAUGUGAGAGUAAAGUGUUGUGAUUGUGUGAAAAUGUGCGAAAGAACCAUAGCAAAGUAUGAGGAGGAACGUUGUCAUACAAAAGAGGAGAAGGAGCGACAACAUCAAUUACUGGACGCUGUUUUCAAGAAACAUCAAGUUGUGUUACGCAGAACAGACGUCCAGCAGCCCUCCCACAUUAAAGAGGAAGAAGAUGAUCCACAGUUCCCCCACAUUAAAGAGGAAGAGGAGGAUCGACAGCCUCCCCACAUUAAAGAGGAAGAGGAGAAAGUGUGGAUAACUCAGGAGGAAGAGUGUCUUCUAGGACAGGAGGAGGCUGAUCUCAGCAAGUUUCCACUGACUGUUGUCUCUGUGAAGACUGAAGAGCAUGAAGACAAACCACCUGAGUCCUCACAGCUUCAUCACAGUCCAAACGUCUGUGAAGAACAACUUCUGCCUGAAAAAUUGGAGUGUACCUUCGGGAUGGUGAAGGAAGAUCCAUCAAAGAGGAAGACCAGGUGCCACGGACCCUCUGGCGUCUCCUUUUCCUCUUUGACACAGACCCUUCCCUGUAAAAAGGAAGAGGAAGACUCACUGACGCCCUACAUUAAAGAGGAAGAGGAGGAACACAACAUUAGUAAGGAGGGAGAGCAUAUUGAAGGACUGGAGGAGUUUCAAGUGACUGGUGUCCCUGUGAAGAGUGAAGAUGAUGAGGUCAAAGUUAAAGGUGAGGAGAGGGGAGGGGGUGAGCCUCCAAGCAGCAGCUCAACACAACACAUGACAACAGAAGCUGUUGGAGACCACUGUGGAGGAUCACAAGCAGACAACCUCUUAGCUCCACUAUCAGAUAGUGAGGACACAACGUCACACUCUCCUGACACUGAUGAUGAAGACUCUAAAGAUGAUAAGACAUGUCACACUGACAACACUCACUUCAAAUGUUCUCACUGUGACAAAACCUUUAAAUACCAUUGUCAUCUGAAAACACACACGAGAAAACACACUGGAGAAAAGCCUUUUAUAUGUUCAAUAUGUGGUAAAGGUUUUGUAAAAAGUCACAAUUUGAAAGUACACAUGAGAACACACACUGGUGAAAAACCUUUUAUCUGUUCAAUCUGUGGUAAACGUUUUGUUGUAAGUCACAAUUUGAAAGUGCACAUGACAACACACACUGGUGAAAAAACGUUUUUCUGUUCAACCUGUGGUAAAGGUUUUACACUAAGUCAAUGUUUGAAAGUACACAUGAGAACACACAAUAGUGAAAAACCUUUUUCCUGUUCAACCUGUGGUAAAGGUUUUACACACAGUCAACAUUUGAAACGACAUGCGAGAACACACACUGGUGAAAAACCUUUUUCCUGUUUAACCUGUGGUAAAGGUUUUACACACAGUCAUGAUUUGAAAGUACACAUGAGAACACACACUGGUGAAAAACCUUUUACCUGUUCAACCUGUGGUAAUGGUUUUACACAAAUUCAGACUUUGAAAAGACACAAGAGAAUACACACUGGUGAAAAACCUUUUUCCUGUUCAGUCUGCAACAGAAGCUUUUGUGACCGAUCAAACUUUGCAAGACACAUGGGAACACACUCAUGAGAGAAAGUGUUGAGUUGCAGUGUGUGUGGUGAAAGAUUCUCUUCUAAGUACCAGUGUAAGAAACACAAGUGUGCUGGUGAGAACAGCAGCAGCAAAUGAAACUGCAGGAUUUAAAUUAAACUGUCAAGACUUUAAUGUUGACUUUCUAACAACAUCAGCAAUAUAACAUGUGUGACAUUGUUGUUUGUGUAACAAUCUUUUUAAUAUGCUUGUACAUUUAUAGAUUACAUAGUUUGAAAUAUGAAAGUAUUACAUAUUUGUAUUUCUUAUUGUUAAUUAUCCCAUAGAUUAGCACCUUUAUAUGAUAUACAUAUUUACUGGUUCACAUCUGAAACAUCUUCUGGACCAUUUCAGGGAGCAUAUUGUUAUUUACUUUAUACAUCAUUUGAACAGUUGUCUUUUAUUCACUUUUAAAAUGUGUGACCUUUAUGAAUAAUUUGUUGGGACUCUAUAAUCUAUUUUAUUAAUUAUUGUUAUUAGUUUGUAUUAUGGUGAUUGUGUUGUGAUUGUUUUUUAUGUAUGUCCCCAGACCUUUAUGCAAUAUAAAAGUGAGAGAAAAUGGCAGUUUUUUUUUUUCUGGAAGGAUGGUUUUGUUUUUACAAACUUACAUUUGUGGAUAUAUAGAAUAAAUCCAGUAUUGUGUUUUAGACA